AUGUUGGUAUUACUUUGUUUUGGUGGGCCUUACGAGAAAACUUAUCAAUUUUUCGACGGAGACAAUUCUAAAGAAACAUUCACAACAACGAAUAUUCACCAUCACGCAUGUCUUGCGAUUUACAAGAAUUAUCCUUUCGUAGUCGAAGGCCUUGGUGGCGCAACAGAAAUUAUGAAAGAAAAUGGAUGGGAAGCUUCAAUUGCGCUCAGUAUAAAUAAUCUUCGAUCCAAUGUUUGCUUUUCUGUCGAUGAUGGUGUUAUUGCUCUUAUGGGCUUUGAUAAUAAUGGCAAUGUUAACUCUGAUGUUCACUUGCUGAAAGACGACCAAUGGAAAAUUGUUGGACAAACAAUCACGUACCAAAACGCAGCGUCUGUUUUUAAUGCAAUUGAUCGGUUUUAUAUCAUCAGUGGGGCGACAGUGGGUUCCUCAAAGUUUCUAGGCGUGCAAAAAUUCAACUGGAAUGGAGAUUCAGUGACAGACUCAGAAAUCAUCCAUACUCAUCAGGAAACCUUCUUCAGACCAGCUCUUUUUGUCGUCCAAACAAGUUCUUUCUGUGUACUAUGA